GCAUCUACGAUGGCCAUGAUAGCGAGUACCAACUACACAGUAGAUACCAACACCGUUUCCCUAGGGUGGUCGUUGACCUCACAUGAAAGUCCACAGUGGAUCGGGCGGGCGCCACUCGGCCGUGCCACAGCUGCCUGGAGCGGACAAAUCGCAACAGCCGCCUGCCGCGGGGUUCGGUUGCAAACAAGUCCAACAGCCAGACCAGCCCCUACCCACGUCUGCGUUGAUGCCCAGGAUUUCAGUCCAAAAUCCACCACGGAGGGGUGAACCGAUAGAGCCAGAGCAAGCAGGAGAGAAAAAUUUGCGAGGAAAAAGUGGUCGAGGUGGGGUCGUAGGUCGGCGCUCCGAGGACGAGGAACCAAGGAAAAGGCAGGAAAGGCAGGCUGAUCGCACUGAGUCGCUGGGCUGCAAGCGUGUCCAGUGCAGUCUGGAAAGGCUCCGCCGUGAAGAUUCUGCGUUGGUCCCGCACCUGAGAGGUGGGGCAAUUACCCCUCCAUGUCCAAUGAUAAGGACUGGUCGCCAAGGGUUGAAGCCCGCCCGCUAGUCGCCUUCUCGCUUGCCCCUCCAUAUAAGGAUUUCCCCUCCUCCCCCUCCCACAAAUUUUUCCUUUCCCUUUCCUCCUCGUCCGCUUCACACCUCUACGCAGUCGGCCGUAGU